AUGGUCGUGAUAGCUGUUUCGAUCAUUACCCGCCAGGGCAAACCAUUGCUUUCGAGGCAAUUCCGGGAUAUAAGCAAAGAUCGGGUUACCGAGCUGCUAUCGAACUUUCAGGGGCUUGUGGCUAACUCAUCUUCUCAGCACACGUUUGUUGAAGACGAACACGUUCGAUAUGUCUACAAGCCCUUCGAUGAUUACUACAUUAUCUUAAUUACCAACCGACAGUCAAAUAUAAUCCAGGACUUGGAUACCUUGAAGCUUUUUGCCCAGAUCAUGAACUCAUACUUGAGCAGCUUUGAUGAACACGAAAUCUUUGAGAAUGCGUUUGAAAUUUUGAGCUCAUUCGACGAGGUCAUCACCAUGGGCUAUAAAGAAAACCUGUCAAUGGCCCAGAUAAAUACUUAUCUGUCUAUGGAAUCGCAUGAGGAGAAGAUUCAAGAGAUAAUUGAAAGGAACAAGGAAUUCGAAGCCGCAGAGGACAGAAAGCGGAGAGCUAAAGAGAUUUCCAGAAAAGAGCAGGAACGCAAGAUGGGAAUACCCUCGAUGGGAUUGGACGCCAUGCGGUUCCAGACUUCUAAUGAUCCAAAUUUAUCAAAUGCAUACAGCAGCUACUACAGCCAAGCCUCACCAGCGGCCCAACAGUCUUAUUAUCACACGCAGCAAAAAGCUCCUGCGGCUGAAAGUCCUGCCCCACUUCCAAUGGAAAGCUCCUUGGGUGGUAAAGGAAUGAAACUUGGCGGCGCCAGAAGGAGUGGACUUGGCGCGCAUGUCGCCCAGUUGCACACACCUGCCAGACAAGCUGUAGCUCCAGUUACCUCUUCUUUACAGGUUGAGGAACCAGAAAAAACUGUGAAUAAUGGUAUUUUGGUGUCUGUAAAGGAAGUGGUCAGUGCACAGAUUUCACGCGAGGGUAACGUGGAAAGCUCCGAAUUGAAGGGUAGUCUGGAACUGCGUGUUAACAAUCAACAAUUGGCACACGCGAGACUCGCGUUAGAUUCCAAUAUCGAUGCAAAAGACAAAUCAUUCCAAUUUAAGACCCAUCCAAAUAUUGAUAAAAACUUAUUUUUGACGUCCGCGAUUGUUGGACUUCGGGAUCAGAAAAAAGCAUUUCCCUUCAACGAUCAGAGCUUGGCUGUGCUGAGGUGGCGUAAAGUUGGGGCUGUGGAUGACUCUGUACUAGUGCCAUUGCAAAUAUCAUCGUGGGUUUCUCCUUCUGAGUCUGACCAAGGUAUGUUCGACGUGACUUUCGAACUUGAAAUGCGCGAAUCUUACAACGAGAGUCUGAACGAUCUACGCUUUGCGCUACCUGUCUUCACUGAAAAUGUUCGUGUGAAUGAUGAGUUCAAUGAUCUAGGAGCAUCGAUUGAAAGCAUUGACGACGAAAACGGUGUGGUUGUCAAGAUCGAGACGAUUGAACCCCAAGCCACCGCUACUUUCUCGCUGACAGUCGAAGCCGAAUACGAAGACGCGCUAUUCCCAGUCUCAGUGCUAUUCAGCAACCAUGCUGCUCACAAUUCCUUCUCUGGCAUCAAAGUUAGCCAAGUCGUCAGUUCUAACGAAGAGAGUGAGGAACUUCCAUUCGAUGCUGUUGCCAGUCUCAGAACUGAAGAAUAUACUGUAGUCUGA